CUGAUUAAUGACACUGGCCUCUGCCCUACUGUCCUGGCUGAGAAAUCCUGGAUCCAUCUGAACCAAGAUGGAUAAACUGUCAAAGAUGAUUUAGAAGAGGGUCCAGAAACCAGCCAGGGACGCAUCUCUAAAAGACGUUGAGCAAAAACAUUCAGCCACUCAACUGAAAAACAGGACCAGUGAUGGAUAACAGGAUCGCCGGUGUGGCGCUAAAGACCGCCGACCCCUUGGCUGUUCUUCGGAAGCAGAAGGCCACGCUCAUUGCAGUCCUGAUCACUGACCCGAGCCACGUCCUGCAGCACGCCCACUCGAAAGAGCUCAUCCCUGAUCGGACGUACUUCAAAAUCAAGGAAAAGGAAGACCCCUCUGAGAAGAUUGUGGACCUCGUGGACUACAUUAUCAGCAGCAGCAGUGACAAGGCUCAGGAGUUCUUGGAUUUGCUCAGUAGUCUCCGCAGGGAUUAUCCCAAUUUACCUGUGGAACUCGAAAGCUCUCCCUCCCCCAUCCCUGACUCACCGGGUGGCAAUGCGGGGGUUCAGACGGGGAGCCCCAAAAAGGACUCUGAAGAAAGCGGUCAAUCAGCCGGCUCAGGGGACGCCGUUCCCCAAAAUCAAACACGCGAAGCCACACCCACAGGAGAAGGUCUACAGGAAUUGCUGUUGCAAUUAGGACUAGAAAGAAACCUAGCAAGCAAACUCACUUUAAGCGCAGUCCUUGAGAUUGGCACAGAGAGUGUAACAGAAGAACCGAUCCGGUCUCUAACAGAUCUGCCUCGGGGUUUUCUGAAAACCCUGAUGAUGAUGAGUGUGAAAGCAAGAAGUACCAGACGUCGAGCUCCUAAACUAGACGUGAAAUCAUCAUCAUCUUCUUUUAAUAUUGAUGAUAUUAUAGGUGGCAAUCGUGGUGACCUAAUCAAUCCGCUGGAUCUCAUCACAGCUCUCUUUCUGUGCGCUGACAGCUUCCUGCAGCAGGAAAUGAUGUCAAAAAUGUCGAUGUGCCAGUUUGCUGUACCUCUCUUGCUCCCUGACUGUAGCACCAAUCAGUGUACAUUAAUGCUGUGGGCCAUGAGAGACAUUGUGAAGAAGUGGAGGCCCCACUCACUAGCAGAGACGAGAGGGUUUGUGGAAGACAGUAUAGUCUACACUGCCAUGCCAAUGAUCUCUUUUGUCAGGCUGGGCGACUGCAGUCUGUCCAAAUCACAGAUUCUGAAUCAGGUUCUCAGUAACCCCCAGCAGCACCAUGAUUUCUUCAUCCAUCGCGAUAUGGAGUGUGGGGAUGUUGCUCGGAGAAUUUCAGAUGGUAUAGUUGAGAUCAGCUGGUACCUUCCUUGUGGAAAAAAUAAUUUAGACAUCUUUCCUGAAGCAGUAUCCAUUGCUAACCUUCGUGGAGACGUUGGUUCCUUUCCAACGCAGUUAUGUUUUCUAAAACAAUCAUCAUGCGCGGUCUUCGUAUUCUUCAGUAACCUUGGAGAAGAGGAGUACAAGUUACUGGCCUCCUUUGCAACUGUGAAAGACAGACUGUUUUUGGUUUUUAACUCUCAGGGUAAACCACAGCAGGAAACCCUGAAACACAUGGACAAAUUGAAAUCAGAGUUACAGUUAGAAAAAAGACAGUUCUUGGUUAAGAACAGACAGAUCAAUGAUGCAGACUUUGUGAAGAACCUGCACUCUACAGUGGAAAGCAUCAUACAAAAUAAGCCACAUAAAAUUAAAAUAAAAGCCAUGUCUUUUGUAGCAAAGGGAUUGAAGAUUGCUAUAGAUGAAGAGAGCCUUGAAUGUCAGACAGGAAAACAAUGUGCUAAAGAGAUCACAACCAGAAUAGACAACGUUCUGCAAUUUAAGAAGAAACAGCUACCAUUGCAAGGUGAAGACUGGAAGAAACUGUCCGAGUUGGAGAAAGAGCAGUGCAGGCUGCGAAAGGCAGGAGACCAGCCUAUUGAAAAGUAUAAGCACCAGCUCCAAAGAGAAAAAGAGGAACUGCAAGAAAAACAAAACAAGCAUGGUAUAACUGAAGCAAUGAGCUGUUUCAUAUCUGCCAUAUCGCGCCCAAACAAACUAGAGAGGUCCUUUUUUCUCAAGUGGAUGAGGCUGAAAUUGGACGAUAUAGCACGAGAAAACCUUUCUGAUCUCCGUGAUCAAUACAAAGAACAAUGUGGUGCGGGUCAGGUAACUGGAGACAAAAAGAAAAAUACUAAGUUGGAUCAGCUGAUAUCAAACAGCUCUUUAGGAGUUGAGAAUUUCAUGCGUGAAAUCGGACAGAUUUAUGAAGCAGCGUGCUCCCUUCCCGACGACCCUGAAUCUCAUCAGCAAUUUAAAACGCUUCCCAGCAUUGUGGCUGAUCUGCUGUUGGAUGGCUUCCCUCUUGAGCUGGUGGAUGGAGAUGCAUCAAAUAUCCCUGUAAGGUGGGUGACUGAUGUUCUAACAGAGCUCCAUGAGAAAGUCCAACACACGAGCAGGGUGCUGGUUGUAACAGUGUUGGGAGUCCAAAGCACUGGGAAGUCUACCCUCCUCAACACGAUGUUUGGGGUUCAGUUUGCAGUUAGCAGUGGCAGAUGCACGAGAGGAGCCUUCAUGCUGUUAAUCAGAGUCAAAGAGAAUCUCAAAGAAAAGCUGAACUGUGAUUUCAUUCUGUUAAUUGACACAGAAGGUCUCAAAUCUCCAGAACUGGCACAACUAAAAGACAGCUACGAACAUGACAAUGAGCUUGCAACACUGGUGACUGGACUCAGUGAUAUUACAAUAAUAAACAUUGCAAUGGAGAACUCCACAGAGAUGAAGGAUAUCCUACAGAACGUGGUGCACGCCUUUCUUAGAAUGAAAGAAGUUUGGAAGAAACCGAAAUUUCACUUUGUGCACCAGAAUGUGUGGGAUAUGUCUGCUCAUGACAACAAUGCAAGAGAUAGGAAAAAGCUUCUAGAACAGUUGAAUGAGACGACGCAGGCAGCUGUCAGGAUGGAACAGCUAGAUCCCAACAUUAAACUAACAGAUGUUGUGGACUAUGAUCCUGAGCAUAGUCACUGGUACAUCCCUUGCCUGUGGCAUGGCAUUCCACCAAUGGCACCAGUGAACAGCGGCUACAGCGAAACUGUGUAUGAGUUCAAGAAGAGCUUGAUUGAGGAGUUAAAAAGCUGCCACAGACUUAAAAUCAUUGAGUUCCAGAUACGGGUGAUGGACUUGUGGCGUGAUCUUAAAUAUGAAACAUUCAGCGUCAGAAAUAGUCGGGUGGCUGAGGUUUACAGUAACCUGUGUGUUGAAUAUGGGAAUUGGGAAUGGGACUUCCAAAAGCACAUGUACAACUGGCUGGCAACUGCUGAGACAAGGAUUUCAAAAACCAAAAACCAGACCUCAAACCUUGAGGAGUUUCUCAGCAUCUUACAAAAUGAGGUAAUUAGAGAACUGACAUCACAAGUAAAAACAACUCUGGAGAAAUUGACUGAAUACUGUGAAAGGAAGGACGGACAUGAUCAUCUUGUAGAAAGCUACAGAGCAACCUUUGAGAACAGCAUUGAAACUCUCAGGCUUGAAACAGCAAAUUAUUUGACAAACAAGUUGACAGCAGCUAUUGGCUUCCAAAAAGAAAUGAAAAAGGUGUGUGAUGUCAGUGAAAAGUAUAAAGCAACAUUAGAGGAAAGAGUAUUGCAACUGCUAGGAGAGUGUAGGGAAAGAAAUGAGGAUUUAUCUGAUGAGCAGCUGAGAAACGAAUUUGAUAAGAUGUGGAUAGAGACAGUGUCUGCACUGAACUUUAAAGGUUUAGAGAAGCGAGAUAUUGUAUCAAAUGUUUUCCAUCAGUUGAGAAGACAGUUAAACAGACAUGUGGGUUUAGUUCACAUGGUGUUAAAUAAGGCCACUGAUUUGACUGAAUAUGGAGAAACACAGUUUAAUGUAACUUAUUCUCACUUUUAUCGUGUAUUGUACCCGAAAUUAUUUACUUACAAGUUCAAGCAAGCACAACACAAGGAGAAAGCCAAGAAGUUGGUGAAAUCUAUAACAGAACAGGGCAGGGAGUUUAUAACACUCAAAAAAAACAGUAAAACUGACUACCACGAAACCUACACCAUAGUGCUGUUAGAAAUGAUAGAUGACAAGCUGAAGGAAAAUGAGAAGCUGAAGACCAACGCCCAGUUUGAAGUUGAUCUGAAGAUGCACAUCUGUGGGUUUGCUGCCAGGGAAUUCCAACAGAUGCACGAAGAUUUCAUUGAUGUCAACGACCCGCUGAAACAUCUGGAAAAGUUCAGACUGCAGUACUGUUCUGACUUCAUAGACCUUUACCACAAGUAGGAUCAGAGCCUCAAGAAGGCUGAGGAAUUCACUGAGCGCCGCAUCAAGCUUACAGCGAGGGACUUUGUCAACAAAAUCCUUGAGUUACAGAUUGUGAAUGAAAUGCUGGCUGGUGAAAACUACCUGUAACAAUUUGUUCAUCACUUGUACACAGUAAUCAGACAUUUAAGAAUAGUGACACCGAAGGGAAGAGGCAUCCCUAUAAAGACUAUCGGAGAUUCUACCCUGACUGCUCCAGAGCCCAGCAUGGAAGCCUCUGACUACUGAAAGUACAUGCUGAGAGUUUGCAAAAGAGUUUGAUGCAGAAAGGCACAAGCACUGAAGAGUGUAAAUUAGCUGUUUAACAUGAAGUAAAAAAAGCAGAAGCUGUGAUCUACAAUGCAACAGCGCUAAAAGCAUUCUAAAAAAAUAAUCACCCUGGGUGUAGCCUUGGAACAG